CGGGGAAAACGAUCAUUCUAGGAAACGCGAUAUAUUGCGACAAGGAAGUUAUUGUCCUUAGUGUGGAUUGGCGUGGUCAUCUUAGAACACGUGCUAGCAGGUCGCGCGUGAAAUAAUCAAGAGUGAUUCAUCCGUGUCAGAAGCCGUUGUGAUGUGCACACGGCAUGUUUUUCUCAUGAUGUCUUUUUCCGUCGAAAAAAAAGAUCUUUGUCUGCAUGAAGGAGAGAUUUUUGUUUCAACACAGGAAAUGUCCUGAACACAUCUAAUGGUUUUGUUGUUUCUUUUUUUUAGAUCGUUAAUAGUCUUAGAGAAAGUUAGCUCUCAAAAGUUUUGUAUUUCUUAGCCCAUUCAGACUAAAAUACACACACACGCUGAAUUUUAGUCCUUCUUUUGUGUGGGGCAGGAAAGCAUUACUUCAGGUAUUGCAUCAGCAUUUAUGGGGUGAGUUCAGAACGAAUUAAAAGGAAGAAUAGCAGAGUUUCUUACUUUCCCUGGGAAGGAGUGGCAUUGAUCAGAGUGCUUUGUGUUUGCUUGUUUCUCUUCCUCUGAGUGCUCAUUCAUGUAAGUGUUGUAAUGCCACAGCCACGUUUAUGUUUUGGGAAGAGUCAGUAGCCAAGUUAAAAUGAAAAAUCGCUUACUUCACUAACCAGGGCUUUAUAUGGGUGCAGAGGCGCAGAAUUAGGAAUUAAAUCAAGUAUCUUAAAGUUCUGAUGACUUACCUAAUGGACCCCUACUUAAAGGGCUUUUGGACUGAGGCUUUGGUUGGGUUAAACACAUUGCUUUUUGUGUUGCUUCUUAAUAACAGUGUGGGAUGCACCUAUCCCACAGCAAUUACUAAACUCUUUCUAGAUCACCUCUGAAAAACAAGUUAGAGCAAAUACUAGUAUUUUUGUUCUUAGCUUAGGAAAUCUGUAAUAUAUUUUAUCUCUCCCCAUGUCUGUUGUGUUUAACAUUUAAAUCUUGCUUUGCUUGCAGCAAUUUUGGAGAAAACUGUAGGGGUCUGAGAAAGUGGUCAUUUUCACUGAGAAACCAGUUGGCUUGGAAUAGAAGAUUUUUCUUUUAGGGAGCUUUUUUUGACGACAAGUAAUAAUACAAGCAGCACCUUUGUUGGGUGACAGACUAGGAGGUUGUUUUUAUAACGGAAUGGCUUAAAUAUCCACCCGUCGUGUGGAGACCACACAAGCGUGUGUGAUAGUACAGACUUUACAGAUGGGUUUGUUGCAUGUGUUUUCUUCAGCCUGCACUGCUGUUAUGUGCAACUUAUUCUAGACUAAGGGCACAGACUUUUUGUGGUGCUGAAGAAAUAUUUUGGGAAAAUAUUGAAAGGAAGUUAAAAUCAGAUAAAAUUAAACUAGAUCAGCCAUACUGUCACUGUUGCUAUGACACCUCAUGUAUGUAUUCCUAAAGCACGUGCAGUUCGUUUGUGCAUUAAGAGUUGAGGGGUUUUGCAGACAGUUUUAACUUUGUUUGGUGUAGCAGUAGUAAGUAUUGCAGCUGGUUGCUUCUUGGGGAACUUCAGUGCUUUGAAAUGGGUAAAGAUGUUUUGCAAAUUUCUAAAUGAAAUUUCUGAUGUGUAAACAGAGAUACUAAUAUUAAUCCUGUAACACUGGUAAAUUAUGACGCUGCCCUGAAUAGAUGAUGGAAUUGUCAAUUUAAAAUACAUUCGUUACCAGCAAUUUUUAUUGAGUUUACUUUCUGCUUAUGGCAUAUCCCUUCACCCCUAUUAAAAAGAAAUGGGGUCAGUAAAACAGAAGGUUAAAAGAAUACUAUGAUUUAAAAAGAGAUUACUGCAUUAACAGUGCAGCCAGACCAGUACAAUCUCAGUCCCCUCUUAUUGGGACUUCCAGGAGUCAGAGAUGAUAAGGAAGAACAGGGCAGCAGUGUCUGGGUGAUGGUGACCCUUGUUUCAUAGUAGUUUUGAGCUCUGUGUGGACUCAGACACUUGAUUCCAGCCCUAAGGCGAGCUCUCUGCGUUUGCUCAGUUGUAGAUCAGAGCCAGCAUGCUCCUAGUAGACAGAGCUCCAUCCCAGCAGGGAUCUCACCAUGACAGAAUUAACCAGUCUCAAUGGAUUUUACCGAACCUUAGAACCUAUGGAUAUAUCCCUGUACUCUCUCCAAGUUUCAGGAGAUUGGUGCAGAUUGCUCUGCAUGUUGCUUGGUUCCACCAGGACUUAAGUCAGAAGUGCAGUGUAGAAAGCGGCUGAAUGCCUUCUGGGCCAAAGUUGAACCUGGAAUAUUAUAGCUGUGUUUAUGUGGUACUUGCCUUAGUAGCUCAGGCUGGUUUUGAGCUGGGUCUGCAUAGAGUAAGCUUAGGUGUUUUGCCAUCCAUUAUAUAAUUAAUCUGCAGCUUAGGGAAAUGGCCCAAGGCUAAUAAAAUGUUUGCCUAUGUUACUGUGUUCGCUUGGAUCAAGGGUGUGCUCUUGAAGGAAGUCUCACAGUCAUCAUCACUUAGGAAGUUUAUUUCAUAUUGGUUUGUGCUAUUCCAGUGGAUAAGCUGGAUUCCUUUUGGAUGAAAAUAUAUUCAAAAAUACACUCGUACCUACAAACUGGCAUUUGUUUUAGUGGAGUGGGCCUCCCCAAAACACAUAGUGUAGACAUUAGAGUCUUAACUCCCAUUCGUUUUGUUUAACAGACUCGUUCCUAUUGUAUUGCUUGCUGGCACAGACACAGCCUAAACUGACUGCACUUUGAGUCUGAGACCUGACAUAAAUCCAUCAUUUUGGGAGCUUGUGACUGCAAGAAUGUCUUUUCCACCUCAUUUGAAUCGCCCUCCUAUGGGAAUCCCAACGCUUCCCCCUGGGAUCCCACCUCCACAGUUUCCUGGUUUUCCUCCACCUGUACCUCCUGGGACCCCUAUGAUUCCUGUACCAAUGGGCAUCAUGGCUCCUGCUCCAACUGUGUUAGUUCCUACCACAGUGUCUAUGGUUGGAAAACAUUUGGGAGUCAGAAAAGAUCAUCCUGGCUUAAAGAACAAAGAAAAUGAUGAAAACUGCGGUCCCACUACUACUGUUUUUGUAGGCAACAUUUCAGAGAAGGCCUCAGACAUGCUCAUACGGCAGCUUCUAGCAAAAUGUGGUUUGGUUUUGAGUUGGAAGAGAGUGCAAGGGGCAUCUGGAAAACUUCAAGCCUUUGGGUUUUGUGAGUACAAAGAGCCAGAUUCUACCCUACGAGCACUGAGACUACUCCAUGACCUCCAGAUUGGAGAGAAGAAGCUGCUGGUCAAAGUUGAUGCAAAGACAAAGGCUCAGCUAGAUGAAUGGAAAGCAAAGAAAAAGGCAUCUAAUGGGAACUCCAGACCAGAGACAACAAAUGAUGAUGAUGAAGCACUGGAUGAGGAAACAAAGAGAAGAGAUCAGAUAAUUAAAGGGGCCAUUGAAGUCUUAAUACGAGAAUAUUCCAGCGAGCUCAAUGCCCCUUCCCAGGAAUCUGACUCUCACCCCAGGAAGAAGAAAAAGGAAAAGAAGGAGGACAUUUUCCGCAGAUUUCCAGUGGCCCCACUGAUACCUUAUCCACUCAUCACCAAGGAGGAUAUAAAUGCUAUAGAAAUGGAGGAAGACAAAAGAGACCUGAUAUCAAGAGAGAUCAGUAAAUUCAGAGACACACACAAGAAACUGGAGGAGGAAAAAGGCAAAAAGGAGAAAGAAAGACAGGAAAUUGAAAAAGAACGCAGAGAAAGAGAAAGGGAACGGGAGCGUGAACGAGAAAGGAGGGAGCGUGAAAGAGAGAGGGAACGUGAACGAGAGAAGGAGAAGGAACGGGAGCGUGAACGGGAGCGAGAUAGGGACCGUGACCGAACUAAGGACCGAGACAGAGACCGUGAACGAGACAGAGACCGGGACAGAGAUCGUGAAAGGAGUUCAGAUCGCAAGGAUCGGAGCAGAUCAAGAGAAAAAAGCAGAGACAGGGAAAGAGAACGAGAACGUGAGAGGGAAAGAGAACGAGAACGCGAGAGGGAACGGGAGAGAGAACGGGAACGGGAAAGAGAACGGGAAAGAGAGCGGGAAAAGGAUAAGAAGAGAGACCGAGAAGAAGAUGAAGAAGACGCCUAUGAACGACGAAAACUGGAGAGGAAACUGCGUGAAAAGGAAGCUGCAUAUCAAGAGCGUCUUAAAAACUGGGAAAUCAGAGAACGAAAAAAAAGUCGAGAAUAUGAAAAGGAGGCUGAGAGGGAGGAAGAAAGAAGACGGGAAAUGGCAAAAGAGGCCAAACGGUUGAAAGAAUUCUUAGAAGAUUAUGAUGAUGACAGAGAUGAUCCAAAAUACUACAGGGGUAGUGCUCUUCAGAAGAGGCUAAGAGACAGGGAGAAAGAGAUGGAAGCAGAUGAACGAGAUAGGAAAAGGGAAAAGGAAGAAUUAGAAGAAAUUAGGCAACGUCUUCUGGCUGAAGGACAUCCAGAUCCAGAUGCAGAACUCCAGAGGAUGGAGCAGGAGGCUGAGCGACGUAGGCAGCCACAAAUAAAACAAGAGCCAGAAUCUGAGGAGGAAGAGGAAGACAAGGCCGAAAAAGAAGAAAAAAGAGAAGAGCCAGAGGAAGAGGAGGAGGAGCCUGAACAAAAGCCCUGCCUUAAACCAACUUUACGACCAAUCAGUUCUGCUCCAUCUGUUUCUUCAGCUAGUGGAAAUGCAACUCCUAACACACCUGGUGAUGAAUCUCCCUGUGGCAUCAUUAUCCCUCAUGAAAAUUCACCUGAACAGCAACAACUGGAGGAGCAUCGGCCCAAAAUUGGACUCAGCCUCAAAUUGGGUGCCUGCAACAGUCCUAAUCAGCCCAAUGCUGUAAAAAGGAAGAAACUUGCUGUGGAUAGUGUUUUCAAUAAAUUUGAUGAUGAAGACAGCGACGAUGUGCCCCGGAAAAGGAAACUUGUUCCCCUGGAUUAUGGAGAAGAAGAUAAAAGCAAUAUCAAAGGCAGUGUCAAUACAGAAGAAAAGCGCAAGCACAUUAAGAGUCUCAUUGAGAAGAUACCCACAGCAAAACCAGAGCUCUUUGCUUAUCCCCUUGACUGGUCAAUUGUGGAUUCAACACUAAUGGAACGUCGAAUUAGACCAUGGAUUAACAAGAAAAUAAUAGAGUAUAUUGGUGAAGAAGAAGCCACACUAGUUGACUUUGUUUGCUCUAAGGUUAUGGCUCACAGCUCACCUCAGAGCAUACUGGAUGAUGUUGCCAUGGUACUAGAUGAAGAAGCUGAAGUCUUCAUAGUCAAAAUGUGGAGGUUGUUGAUAUACGAGACAGAAGCAAAGAAGAUUGGCCUAGUGAAAUAAAGCACUCUCCUUGCUUCUAGGGUUCCAUUUCAAUUUUGGGCUUUUUUUCCCCCUCAUUGUUCAGAGACUUCGAAUUCUCUCUGUUCUCAGAGACUUGAGACCUGUAUUUUUUUAUGUAGAAAAUGUGAAUUUUUUUGUCCUCUGCUCUGAGGCCCCUUUUACCCUACUCAAUUAGUUAUCAAAUCCUGCAUUGGUUCUCUUUAUAAUACAUGAGGUACAAUUACCGGUAUGUUUUAUAAGCUGCAGCUACUGUACAUGCUCUUUGGUAAUUUUGUUAUGUUACUCUGAUUCUUGUAAAUAUUAAGAAAAAAAAUCCCCUGUUUUGCAAAACAUUUGCACUUAAUGUGGAACUAUAUCAGUUACAGAUGAAGACAAAGGAUUUUACUGCAAGUUUAUCAGUCUUUUUUUGGGAGAAUACUUCCCCUUUUUUAUUUAAGAAAUGAUCAAAAUACAAUUUAAAAAUAAGCGUCUUGAGCUGUUUUCACAGAAGAGCUUUGUGUGUUCAUUUGAUCACUUCAUCUGACUGGAAAAGGAGUUCCUUCAGACUUCUCUUUCUUAUGUGAACCAGUAGUAAUCUUGGUACUUUGUUGCCCAUUAAGAGUUACUAAUGAAGCUGGGAACCUAAUCUCUUGCAGAUGUUCUUCUUUCCCAGAAAGUGCAAAUCACAGGAAGUUUUUUAUUUGCUCAGUUAAAACAAAAGCAGGACCUAAAUUCAGUAAGUGCUAUCUAAUGGUUUUUGUUUUUUUCUUCUACUCAAUUUCAUUCUAGCCCUGCCUACUAUCCCUUCUUUCUCCAAAAUAAUCAGAUUGCUUUUUUAAGAAGAAACUAUUUUUUAAAACUUUUUUUUUUUUUUUUUUAGUAUUUAGAAACAAAACAAAAAGCCCUGUUUGGAUGUAACUGUCUCUUAAAAAAAACCAAAAAAAACCAACCAUGUUAACUAAAACAUAAGUUGUCAUACAAAGCUGGAAUCUUGUUUUUAUCCAUACUGUUAAACUAGCCCUGACUUUUGUUUUCUACUGUAUGCAGUCUGUUGUCCACAAAAAGAGGGUAAUAUUUUCCUGCCUUGUUUGUAUGGGUUUUUUUUUAUAAAUAGACUGAUAUGGUAUAAAUGAUGACAUGUACUGUAAACUGCAUUUUUUUUAUCUCAUACCUGGGUAAGAAGUCAAAUCUAUAAUGUGCUGUGAGCUGUUUUGAUUGCAGGAGGACUGUGUUCCAGGGAGCAAACGGUCUCAAAGUUAUUUUUAAUUUUUGAAACAAAAUUCUUAAUAUCAAACAAAUUAAGUAAAGGUGUUCCAGUAUCUCUGUAUUGUAUUUAACUGAAGGAUACAGGUUGACCUGUUCAGAAAACAUAACUGUGACCUUGAGUUACUAGUUGUUUGUAUCUGGAGAGGACACUUGAAAACACUGUUCUUAACAAUUGGGAUCGUGUAUAGGUUCCACCAUGUAAAUAUUUCAGAUAUUAAAAAUGUAUAUAUUUGA